CAGGCCAACACUUCCAACCCUCUCCUCCCCCCUUCAAUACGAGCCAUUGGACUUUCUCCUGCAGCCAUGAGUGCUCGUUCAACCUCAGCUCCUAUAUUCACCGAUGGUGAGGACUGCAAGGCUGCAUGGAGGGAGGCCACGGCUGCAUACAAUGCACCCGACACCCACCUGGAGAUCAUGGGGAAGCCGGUGAUGGAGCGCUGGGAGACCCCCUACAUGCAUUCAUUGGCAACUGUGGCUGCUUCUAGGGGUGGCCGCGUGCUGGAGGUGGGCUUUGGCAUGGCCAUUGCUGCCACCAAGGUGCAGCAGUUCAACAUUGAGGAGCAUUGGAUCGUGGAAUGCAAUGAUGGCGUGUUCCAAAGGCUGGAGGAGUGGGCACGAGUGCAGCCACACAAGGUGGUGCCACUGAAGGGGCUGUGGGAGGACGUGGUGCCAACGCUGCCGGAUGGGCAUUUCUCUGGAAUCCUAUAUGAUACAUACCCGCUGUCUGCACAGACCUGGCACACGCACCAGUUUGCCUUCAUCAAGGACCAUGCCUUCCGCCUGCUGCAACCCGGGGGGGUCCUCACCUACUGCAACCUCACCUCGUGGGGGGAGCUGCUGAAGGGCAAAUACAGCGACAUAGAGAAGAUGUUUGAGGAGACUCAGGUGUCAAAGCUGCUGGAGGCCGGAUUCAAGAGGGAGAACAUCAGCACGACGGUGAUGGAGUUGGUGCCCCCCAAGGAGUGUCGCUAUUACUCCUUCCCUCGGAUGAUCACCCCCCGUGUGGUGAAGCACUGAGCGAGGAGAUCCAAUGGCUGCAAACCCACAAGGGGCUCACGCUGUCAUUUACCCUAAAAACACAAUUCUUUGUUAAGUUUUGGGUCCAUUUCCAUGCAGAAGCCAAACAUGCCAAGCCAGGCAGGAGGAAAGAUGGGUCAAAUCCAUUAAAUAAGACCGAAAUGCUUA